CGCGAAAACAUUUUUUUUUGUUUUUAAUUAUCUUUACCCUUUUUUUUCCAUACCUUGUUAUUUCUCUGUUUUAUCGAUCACGCUUUGCUCAAAGAUGGAUGAGCAUAUUAAAGGUGAUGAAAACUCUAAAAAAAGUAAUAGUAGCGAAGAAAACUCCACGAUGUCUGUAAUUUCUUCUGUUGCUUUAUCGCCUACGCAACUCCAACCACCUCAACAUUUUAACUUUCCUUUUAUACCGUCGAAAUAUGAUCAAGAAAAAGACGAUGAAACAGAUGAGCUCUUCAAAUAUUGUUUUGUCACCGGCAGUGAUAAAGAAUUUAACGAAAUAGUAGAGACGAGGUAUGGAACUCUUCCAGAAGAUAAAGACCCGGUUUAUUAUGAGGAUAACAAUCACUACGGAAACUAUAACAACGGUGACUUCCAAUACUAUGGUGAUGAGAUGAAUGACAAUUACUAUCACACAACACGCAAGUGGACACCACCCAUAACAACAGUACCUCCAUCAUCGCCAUACGGGCCACCCGUCUCCACACCCAGCCCAACCAGUUAUGGUCAAUCGUAUAAAUUGAAAGAGACAGAAAUCAAAAUUCAAGAAUUAAAAGAGAAAAUUCGCAAGAUGGAAGAAGCACAGCAAUUAUCCAUUAAACAACAACAACUACAGCAGCAACAGCAGCAACAGCAGCAGCAGCAGCAGCAGCAGCGACAACAGCAACAGCUUCCUGCAGAAAAUGGAGAAACUAAAGUAUCCACAGUUACAGAUGGAGAAGAACAACAACAACAGCAACAACAACAACAGCAAGUGAUCCAACAAUUGACUACUGAGAAACAGAAUUUAGAAAAUGAAAGAGUGAUUUUAAAGAAAGAAAAAAAAGCAGUAGAAGGGGUGCCAGUUUCAGCAGCAAACGAAUCAAUGGAUAAUAGUCAACAACAGCAACAGAAGAGAAGUGUCGUCCUUAUUGAAAGUGAUAGUGAAGGUGAAAAAAUGGAAGUAGAUACUCCAGUUUCUGUCGCAUCUCCUGCGAUGGACGGUAUAGAUGCAUCUACUUUCAAUACCUCUUCUCCUCCUUCUUCCUCUCUUUCCAACACGACAACGGUUCCUAUGAGCAUACAUAAUGAUAUUUUUGCGGAUCGUGAAGUGCAGGCAGAGAUUGAAGCAAUGAGCAAAAGAGUAUCAAAGGAGGCCUUGGGGUUCGAUCAAUAUACUCCUUUGACUGCCAAAGGAGAUUUGACAUCAGCUAACAUCUCUAAUUCCGCAGAAAGCAAAGAAGCUUUGACAUCCACUGGAGUCUCUAAACCCGCAAGGAAAAGACAACGAAAGCCACGAAUGCGCCUUACGCCUCCCGUUUUCCCAAGUCCUCCAUCAAGUUCUAAACCUCCUGAUUAUAACUUAAAACGAAGAAUACAACCCACUCUCAUUCAUCCUUAUCCUUCCAAUAAUGCUACAACUAAAGCUGAUAUUAAAGAUCUACGUUUGGAUGAAAAGAAAGAGAUUAUUUCAAACAUCGAAAAGGAAACACAAACAGCGCUAGCGUGGGAGAACAGUAAUAACAAUGUUGAAAAAGAAGUCGAAGAGGGAAAAAUAAAUAGCAUAGAUACCAGCGUAGUAGACAGCAGUGGUAGCAUCGGUGCACCCUUACUCCAAGAAAGCGAAAUUGACUGUGAAGAUGUAUCAACGAAUGUGUCAUCAGCUACAGACAUAGUUAUGGAAGACAUUCAUCACAAUGAUACUAGCACCUGUUCUUUGGAUAGUCUGACUCCGCUUGAGGAAGGGGAGAAAGAGAAGAAUGAUAGCGUUACGGACGUAGCUGCCGAGUCCCCUACAAUGGCAAAAUCAACUGAAGCUGUGCCGUUUUGCUGCGAUGAAGACGAUGUUGAAUAUCUUGUUAUUGAAUCUUCUUCGGAAGAUGAAGAUGAUGAAGAGCUACUUAAUGAGACAUCCACACAAAUUAUUGGAUUAAAAGAAUCUAUUCGUACUCUUACGACUUAUGUGGAGACAUUGAAAAAAGAAAUGGCAACUUUAGAAGACGAGGAACAGAAGAGGAAGGUGGAUUUAUUGGGUUUGAAAGCAAGAUUAUCUUUUAUGCAGAAUGCUACUGUAUUGGAAGCUGGAGAACUAAAGCAGCCUAGGUAUCAGCAUCAACAGCAACAGCUACGUCCGCCGCAGAUUCGACGUUCAACGUCUAGUAUACCUGAUAAUAACCAAAAUAAGAAGAAGAGGAAAACGGGAGGGGAUGCGGAUAGGAUAGUACCAAGUGCUUUGGAUGAGAAUUAUGCUCAAGAUAAGCUUACCAGUACAAAGCGUCAGCAUCAUCCAUCUCCUAAAGCGGCCUAUUAUCUAUAUCGUCAGCCAGUGAGCAACUCAAAUGAUCGCUAUAAUGAUAUUUAUCCAGCUCGUAGUCCUUUCUCUAAUUUCCGGCAUCAUCAUCAGCAGCAGCAGCAACAGCAUCCUAAUCGAUACCCACAACAAUUACCAUAUUUUGAGCGGCAAAUUCCUUCAAAUCAUCACCCUAACAUGCGAAAACAGCAACGUCAUGAAAAGGCCGCUGCAAGGCCAUCACCCACUGUAAACAAUUUGGACGAUUCGACGGCUAUACCCAUCAUUCCUACAAGUACCUCUACGACGAAUACCAUCUCGUUGUCGGAACGUUUAAAAACAUUAAUUGCUGUUCCUUCGACAAGCACAACAACAACACCAACGAUGAAAGCGACAACAAUACAACAGCAGUCGAACCCUCAGUAUCAACAAUCUGAUAAAACAGCUAUUAGCAAUACUUUGCUUCAAGUAGAACAAGAAAUUCGUCAGGCGGUUGCCGCAUUUGAAGACAGAAGUGCUACUGCAGAUAGCAACAGUACCAAGAAUAAUUCACAAAUAGUGCCAGAUGUUCAAAGAAUUUUUAAAGUGGAUGAUUAUACAGCAACAAUAAGUACCUGUCUGGGUGCAAAUAAGAGUUUCAUUGAAAAUAGUUGGUGUUAUGGUACCAACACCAUCUGUUCCAAUCCUUCUGUAGAGUCUCUUUUUCAGAAUUUCAAACAUCCAAUCAUUUUCUUUAGUCCUCUCUUCCGUAUGCUCAAAUUCACGUCGCAACCCUUUCAUGCGUUGAACAAGCGUUGUACCGAACCUUUGGAUACACUUUAUCGUACAAUUGGAAAUUAUAUUCCAAGCAACUUUGACAUGACUGCUUUAUUCAUGAGUCGAUAUUUGCUGAAUGUAACCAUCCGAUACCAGCAGUUAAACGAAACCUACCAACUUUUGUGUGCAUUGACACAGGAUUAUUCACAAUUCGAAUACCUUGCGGCUUUAAAAUUGGAACUAGCCAUUUAUGCCGAUCCAGCCAAACUUGAUCCUUUGAAACAGCAUGCAGAGAUUAUUCAACAGGUGUACGAAGAAGGCAUGGCAUCGUUCCCCUUUUCGGUUGAUAUUUUUUGGCAAUGGCUACUGUACAAACGGAAUGACAAAAAGGAGAUGAUGGAAUGGGUGAGGCAGUAUCUAAUUACCAUGAUGGAGCAAAAAGGAGACGACAAAGCUUUCGUUUCCCGUUCUACGACUGAAUUGUUAACCCGCUUAGUCUGUGUGGGAUAUCAAACAGAAGUUAUUCAGUUAUUGACAAAUGGGAAAUCGAAUAACAUCAGCACAACACGUAUUGAGAUACUACCCUUAGAGACUACCUUUCUCAUAGAGGAUGAAGAUAAAUACCAUCUGUGGAUGGUCAUUCAUUAUUUCCAAGUUAUGAAAGAUGUUCCUUAUGUGGUUUGCGAGUCUUGGAUAGACUAUCUGAUUACUGACGGAAAACCUUAUCAACCCAAAUCAUUGUUCGUUGUCAAUUGGGACAGGACUUUUUCUAUUGAAGGAGGGAUGAACCUUGAAAAACCGACUUUUCUAGGCUGUAUCAACAUCCUCUUCUCCAUGUUGUCCUAUUAUGGAAGAUUAGCUAUUCGUAACAGCAAUGACAAGAAGUAUCUCUUUAUUGCCGUACUUAAAUCAUUUUUGAUGUUUUUAAUUUCGGCUAAAUUGAGAAACAAAUCCCAUGCUGGUACGAAGAAGCUAUUAUUGUCCUUGAAGAAGUCGAUACAGCUUGUAAAUGAAUCUUUAGACGCGCCAGAAAUUGUAGAAGUGGGCUUUGAUCUAAAACUACGCGAUUUGAUAGCAGAAGCUAUCACCAAAAACACCAACUCUUCGAUGUUGGCAACGCAUCAGGGCAAUACAGCUAUUGUUCAGUUUGUCUUUCAUGAAAUGAACAAGAUUCUAUCCAAAAACAAAGCAUUCACAUUCGCUCAUCAAAUAGCCAGCUUGUACGCACAACAAAUAAAUUUCCAGUUUGACAGCGAUACCCUAUACGAUGGUCUACCAUCGUCCUUAUUCCAAUCCAAGCAACUACUCUUACUUGUAUACAUACUUUAUUUGCCCAUGUCGAAGAUCACGGCAGCUCAAUUAAUGGAAUACAAUGACACCGAGUCAAACAACUAUUUAAAGAUUACGAAUGAAUACUUAAUGAGUGAUCUGAAUGCAGUGGAUAGCAAAAUGGAUUUGAAUGAAAGGAAACAAAGAGUGUUACUAACUGCUCAAAAUGCAUAUCAGGCAUACAAGAGACAUUUAGGCAUCUUUUCAUCAAAUACAUCACCUAUGUCUUCGUCAAAACAGAUGAUAGUGAAUCAGUUGAUUACUGAACACAAGCAGUACUUAUUCAUGUGGAUCAAUUUAUUCAUAUUGAAAAAGGUUUGUCAUGUGUUAAAAGUAGAUCUGAAUUCAGAAGGAAGAGGAGGGGGACGCGGUGGCAAUAGUAGCAGCAUACGUGAUAGUGAAAAGUUGUUGGAAGAAGUCAAAUCGAUUUAUAAUAUAGCCAAGGAAACUGUUGUGGCAAAGAUUUUGUCUACCACAGCUAACACUUCUGCUAAUAAUGUUACUGUUGCUUCUUCAACAAAUACGACAACUAAAUUGAUAGAACAAGAUUCAACAACAGUCGCAGCAGCAGCACCUGCAGAGUGUAUCAAGUAUAUUGUCUUGGAAAAAUACGUACAUGAUUUAUUCAAAUUCACGGAAUAAAUUUUCUGUUCUUCCCUUUUAUUUAUUCAAAUCAUUUAUACAAUAUAUCCGCGCAUUUUAAUAAACUAAGGAUUUAAAGAAUGACAGUUUCUAUUUUUGAUACAUGUUGUAUAAUAAGGCGGGGAAUAUUUGAUUUUCUUGCUGAUAACAGAUGAGUAUUAAUUCAAAGACGCUUUAGUAUGCUCUAAUCAAAAGCAAUCCAGUAUCCUAAUAUACAUGCUUAUUUUUUUGAUGAAGCAAUUCUACCAUCACGUUCAUGCAACUCAUUCUCUAAUUUGCAAGCAUGUCUAUAGCCACUCGGUUCGUUCUGAUCUUUUAAGGUUGGAUUCGGAAUAGUGUUUUCCAUGCUACCUAGUGAUGUAUAUCUAUCAGAUCAGAAAAAAAUAAAGUGGUAUCAGUUCCCGUUACAGUCGAAAGCGGCAAACGAGUAAUUCAUCUUUACCCUUCAU